AUGGCGGUCUCAGACUGGUUUAUCGGUCGUCCGAGAGGGAAGGCUUUGAUGCCGGAGAACGUGCGGCUGAUGAAAGGCGGACUCUCAUCUUCGUUCAAGACGGGCGAGCGCGUUCGGGUGUACCUCUUCUGCCUGCUGCUUUUGGGUAGGCUUGUUGAGGACGGCUCCAUCCUUUUGGAGAACUGUUUGGGUAGGUUUGUCAACUACGGCGUCGUCCUCUUGGAGAAGAGCCAGGACCGCCUGAGCGAUUGCUACCAGAGAGGCAGCGGGGAGAGGGGAGACGGAAGAUUUGGCCGCGGGGAGCCUCGACAAGGACGUGGUGGGAGCGGAGGAGGGAAGCGCGGCAGCCGGAUCUACUGCUAG